GCUCGUUACUAUGGAAAUAGCGGUAAUGUAAUCAACCUCAUCGCAGCUUGAUUGAUAAACAGACAGAUAGAUGCAUUUGGCUAUUUCUCGAUAGUUAUUUGAGUGCUCUGUAUGCUCAUACAUAGUGAUGAUCAUCGCUGUUUUUAUAGGCAAUGGCACUACAAAUAACACCAGCACCAUGUCAACCCCUGCUUCGUCGUCUGCAUCGUCCUCAUCCUCAUCAUCUGCAACAUCCGCAUCCGAGAAUACCGAACAGGAUAGCCAGUUUAUGGAGAUGAAGCCUGAGGAUCUGGACGUGAUCAAGUUGUUGGGCGAGGGCGCAGCUGGAACGGUCAGAAAAGUCUAUCACAGACCCACGAGACUCAUCAUGGCAAAAAAGACCAUUGGUACCGAUCCGAAUCCAAAAGUCCAACGACAAAUUCUACGUGAACUAUCAUUCCAAAAGACAUGUAGCUCGCCAUACAUUGUCUCUUUUUACGGUGCAUUUCUGGAGGAUGGCGACACAACCCUGUCAUUAUGCAUAGAGUUUUGUGAGGCUGGUAGCUUGGAAGAUAUAUAUAAACGCGCUCGAGAUCUUGGCGGCGUGAUUGGUGAACCUGUUCUAGAACGCAUCGCCGAAUCGGUGUGUAAAGGUCUGGUGUACUUACAAUCACAACAUGUCAUUCACAGAGACAUCAAGCCAUCCAAUAUUCUUGUUACGCGUAAAGGACAAAUCAAACUAUGCGAUUUUGGUGUUUCGGGCGAACUGAUCAACUCGAUUGCUAAAACAUUUACUGGCACGAAGUACUACAUGGCUCCGGAACGUAUCCAGGGUGCACCCUAUGCCGUCCAAUCGGAUAUCUGGUCGCUGGGGUUGACCUUGAUCGAAGUAUCUCAAAACAGUCCAGCAUUACCACCUCCAGAUCAACCACAACUCUCCAUCAUCGAAUUAUUGGACUUGAUUGUACGUCAACCUGUGCCUGUGAUACGAGGAUCCCAUAUUUCAAAAGAAUGUCGCAAUUUUGUGGCUGUCUGUUUGAUCAAAAACCCGCGCGAUCGCCCUGGGCCUGGAAGAAUGCUAGAACAUCCGUUCAUACGCAAAUGGCAAGACGUGCCAAUGGAUUUGGAAACCUGGGUUAAGGAAGUUUGGAACUGGAAAUAAGUUUAAUAAAAUUGUGUUGUGCAUUUUGUUAUAUUCUACCAAACACGCUUUUGCACUUGAUACUUGGCGGGUGCAUCUGUAUAAGGCUACUAGCCACAUAGAACAUGGUAGGGCUUUUCUAUGCCCAGUAGCUCUAACCAUUCUCGUGGUAAAAGAAUUACAAGUAUUUUUGUUGUCAGCAAGCAAAUGCUGCCCUGAAUAAAGCUCUUUUCGAGA